AUGGCGAGUCGCCUCAAGGAAUACCGCUACUACCUCAGCAGCGGCGUGAGCACAGGCAUCAGCGUGAAGAUCUCGCUGAUAGAGCUUGCGCCUGCACUUGGCUGCUCCGUCAGUGGCGAUACGCCCAAGCGCGCUGUGUCGGAGCGGCCGCUUGCGGGUCUGGAACAGCUAGCGGGGACAUCAUCGGAGGUACGCAACUCUCCUGUAAGCGAGAUCUUCCUGACCGCGCAGGUAUUCUCCGAUGGUCUACCGCUGCAUCCCAUGGUCAUCAGUUCCAAGAGCCCCACCAAGUGCAGCAACUCGACCAUCUACUGGAAUGAGUGGAUCUCCUUCCCCGUGCGCUAUCGCGACCUGUCUCGCAACUCGCUACUGGCCAUCACGAUCUGGGGAGUAGGCUGGGUGCCUAUCGGCGGUUCCACCAUCUCCUUCUUCACCAAGCAAGGCGUACUACGCGACGGCGUGCAGUGUCUCCGUAUCUGGGAAGGACGCGAAGCUGAUUCGUCCCCGAACACAGCCACACCCUCAGAAAUCGACGAAGAGUGGGUACGCCAGGAAUGUUUUCGACUGGACAAGCUGCGUGAGAAGUACGAGCGCAAAGAAAUCGCUCGCAACGAGUGGAUGGAUAGCGUCACAGACCGACGCAUUGCUCGCAUCCGACGAGGCAGUGAGCCGCCCACCCGGAGAGAUGCACUGGGUCCAUUCUGCUCGUACCGUGAGGACGCCUUAUUGUGGCUCGAGAUGCCGUACUUUGGAGACGUCGUAUUGUACGAGGAAGAACCCUACUCACAGCGCAACUUGACCUCCUCGUACACUGCAGAUAUGGGUCCACGACGGAUGAAUUACGACAGCAACAGCGCGUCCUCCUCGACGCCGUCCUACGACUCACAUACACUCAGUGGAUCGUACGAUCUGGCCACGAACACAGGCUCUUCUGGGUCCAGAGAACUGCCAAGUCUCGUGACUGUGUGGGACCCCGAUCUCAACGAAGACAACCCAGCUGAGCGCAAGUACCGUCGUCUGGCACGCGAUAUCUUGCGUGGGUCGAUUGACCCGAAUCUCAAGCCCAGUCGAGACGAAAAGGCUCGGAUUGAGCAGUUGCUGGCUACGCCGACCGACAACUUGAAGAAUGAAGACAAGGAUCUGCUCUGGAAGUUCCGCUACACGCUCACAGACAACAAAAAGGCGGUGGUGAAAUUUCUACUGUCUGUGGAUUGGAAAGACGAACUGGAAGUCAAACAAGCGACCGAUCUGCUGUCUCAGUGGUGCGAAAUCGACAUCGCCGACGCGUUGAAGCUGCUGGGGCGCGAGAAGGAGUUUAAGCACGAAAUUGUGCGUCAUUUCGCUGUGUCGACGCUGGCAACAGCCAAGAACGAAGAUCUGCAGGACUUUUUAUUGCAGCUGGUGCAGGCAUUGCGGUAUGAGAAGCCUGGCGCCCCCAUCACGUCAUCGCGUGGCGGAUUGAGUGGCGAUGAAAGCAGCAGUACCGACGGAUCGCCCGGUGAACUUGGCCCUCUGGCUCGGUUCCUUAUUGCUCGCUCGAGCACCAACUUCCAGAUGGCCAAUUACUUUUAUUGGUAUUUGAAAGUGGAGGCUGGCGACCAAACCAACGACUCGGAGAUCUUCCACACGGUGCUGAACCAGAUGCUGACCGAAAUGAAGCGAGACGAAGAGAAGAAGCCAAUCUACGACAUGUUGAUGGCUCAACGUGACUUCAUGAGCCACAUUUUAGCCAUCCACAACAAGGCUCGAGAAGAAAAAGGAAGGAAAGAUCAAAAGGAAGAGAAGCUGCGUCAGUUCCUCAAGCAGUUCCCGUGGCCCAAGGGCGCUGUGAUCUCUCUGCCUCUGGACCCCACUGUCCACUUGAGUGGCGUUGUGGCCUCGUCGGCCAAGAUGUUCAAGAGUGCAAUGUACCCGGCUGUGAUCCAGUUCCAGACUGUCAUUUCCCCUGAUCAGCACCACGCAGUCGCUGAGGGCGAGAACCACCACCCUCCGAACCUCAACCAGUCGAUGUUUGGCGGAAGCGACUCGAAUAUGAUGCGAGAGUCGCUGCCCACACGCAUGAUCAGCUACUUGCACCGCGAAAAGGAAGGGCCGAUGUACAAGUUUAUGGUGAAAAACGGUGACGAUCUUCGCCAGGAUCAACUGAUCAUGCAGAUGUUCAUUCUGAUGGAUCGACUGCUGAAAAAAGUCAACUUGGACUUGAAGUUGACUCCGUAUCGGAUCCUAGCGACGGGUGCGAACGAUGGGUUGAUGGAGUUCGUGCAAGACUCGUACCCAGUGUCAUAUGUGGUUUCCCACUUCGAAUCGCCCCAGAUCGUGGGCUUUUUAAGGAAACACAACCCAGAUCCGAGUGCAGAGUUCGGAAUCGCACCCGAAGCGUUGAGCACGUAUGUCAAGUCAGUGGCUGGCUAUUGUGUGCUGACGUAUCUGCUGGGAAUCGGUGAUCGUCACUUGGACAACCUGAUGAUGAAGGCGGAAGGCCACAUGUUCCACAUCGACUUUGGGUUUGUGUUUGGUGCUGAUCCCAAGCCUUACCCGCCCCCAUUUAAGUUGACGAAGGAAAUGGUGGAAGGUAUGGGCGGUCCUACCAGCGAGCACUACCAGAAGUUCACAACCUACUGCUGUCAAGCGUACAACUGGCUGCGCAAGAGUGCCGAUCUGAUUUUGAACCUUCUCAGUCUGAUGGCCGACUCUGGCAUCGAAGAGUUGUCAGCGAAUCCGGCCACGACGUUGCUCAAGGUGGAGGAGAAGUUCCGUUUGGACCUGACUGAUGAGCAAGCAGAGCAGUUCUUCCUCGGUCUCAUCAACGAUAGUGUGUCUGCUCUGUUCCCGCUGCUAGUGGAUUGGAUCCACAAGGUCGCGACCAAGUUGAAGUAG